AUGUCUGGUGCCAUAGUAUGUGGGAAGAGGUCCUUUGUUGAAGAUAGUUCUAAUGUUGAUAGCUCUUAUCCCAUCUCCAAGAAGUUUCGUUGCUCCACUGUUAAUUCUCCAGUUUGUGGAUUUUCCUCUGGGUCUAGACCUCCCAAUCCCACUGCAGGUGCAGAUGGAGAUUGUAACACAAUCCUUUAUCAAAACAUAAACAUACCAGCUACUGAUUCUUCUAGAAAAACUGGUUCAGACCUUGGCCACCCUAUUCAGUCAUUACAAAAGAGCCAAAGAUUUGAAGAUCAGAUUCCCAGUAUUGAUGGUACAGUUGUUUCAGCUCCAGUGUAUACAGCAGGUUCAGGUAGUGAGUGGGUGGAGCUUCUUUUGAGAGAGAUGCAGAAUGCAUGUAAUAUGGAUGAUGCAAGAGUGCGUUCUUCAUCAGUUUUACAAGCAUUUGAAAAGGCUAUUGUUGGUUCCACACUUGAUGACUUGCACAAGGAAAACACUGUGCUGAAAGAUAGAGUUGAAGGAUUGUCUCAUGAUAAUAAUAUACUUAAACGGGCUGUGGCUAUACAACAUGAACGUUUAAGACAGAAUGAGGAGAGCCGGGGGCGGGAACUUCAAGAGUUGAAGAAAUGCAUUUCAGAGUAUGAAGAACGAAUAAGGGGUUUGGAGUUGAAUAAUUAUGCACUCACAGCUCACCUUCAUCAAGCUGAUGCUCAACAAUCAAAUUCCAUUCUUGGGGGCUUUCACCACUCUCCACCUGAUGUCUUCUAA